CUCAACACGACCCACAAAAUGUCUCUUCUUGCUCCAAUAUUUCGUUAUCUCCCGCGCGGUAAGAAGAUAAGCUUGCCGCGAAGCCUCGGCAUGUAUUUUUCUCCUUCCGAUGUCAUUUCUAGUUGAUUUCACUUUUUUUUGCCUCUCGCUUUCUUUGGUCUUUGAGUAUAGAUUCCAUAGACAGGAUGAGCAAGAAGGGGGAUUUCGAGGCUGUCCGGAAGGAUAUUGCUGAAUUGAUGCACCAACCAGAAUACGAUGAUGGCAGUGCAGGUCCAGUGCUUGUUCGACUUGCUUGGCACUCAGCUGGCACAUUCGAUGCCGAAACCGACACAGGAGGCUCCAACGGAGCUGGCAUGCGCUACGAAGCCGAAGGUGGCGACCCCGCGAACGCAGGUCUCCAACACGCACGCGUCUUCCUCGAGCCCGUAAAAGACAAGCACUCCUGGAUCACGUACGCGGACCUCUGGACUCUCGCCGGCGUCGUGGCUAUCAAAGAAAUGGGUGGCCCUACCAUAGCCUGGAAAGGCGGACGAACAGAUUAUGUCGAUGACAGUAAAUUACCGCCUCGAGGCAGGUUGCCGGAUGGUGCGAAGGGCGCGGAUCAUCUGAGGUGGAUCUUCUAUAGGAUGGGAUUCAAUGACCAGGAGAUUGUGGCGCUUUCUGGGGCACACAAUCUAGGGAGGUGCCAUUCUGAUCGAUCAGGGUUUGAAGGAGCUUGGGUCAAUAAUCCUACACAGUUUUCGAAUCAGUAUUUCCGACUUCUUCUCUCGCUGCAAUGGAGGAAAAAGACGUUGAAAAGUGGAAUUGAGCAGUUUGUCAACUUUGACGAGGAUUCGGAGACGGAGCUCAUGAUGCUACCAACGGACAUCGCACUCACUCAAGAUAAGAGCUUUAGGAAGUACGUGGAAUUGUAUGCUCGGGACAAAGAGCGGUUCUUUGAGGACUUCAGUAGGGUGUUUGCGAAGCUUGUGGAGCUUGGUAUCCAGAGGGAUGCUGAUGGGAAUAUCACCAAUACCGAUAACGAGAAGGGUGGUUAUCAUGCUGCGCCGAAGAAGAAGAGCACCCCUGGAAGUCCUGCGAAGAGUACUGAUGAUAAGGUGGGAACGAGUGAAGGAGAGCCGUUGAAGGAGGAGAAUAAAGCUUUCAGGGCGAGGUUGUAAGAUAGAUAUAUGACUUUGGGUUGUUAGACGAGGUUCGAAUAGACUUAGACUUAGACUUAGAUUCUCGAAUAGAGAUUGAAU